CGCUGCCUCCAUGUUGUUCAGGAAGUGAAAAGGGAUACUGUACAGAACUCUGACAGUAAUCUCGCUGGCGCUUAUCAUAAUUAAGCAGCUCUAUCUCCGAUCGAUCUCACUCAUUUUAACGUUUUUGUGACACAACACAACCAGCAGCCGGUUCCACUGCUUGCCGAUUUCGUGGGGGGCUACUGAUCGUUUGGGAUCACAAGUUAUGACUUCCCUCACAAAGAGAACUUCAGGCCUGGUGCAGCGGAAGACCGAGGCGCAUCGUAAUGCCGAGAAGGAGCGAGGGUCCGACGAAGAGGAGGACGAAGCUCGUCGCGUGGACGACGAAGAAGACGACAAGGGGGACGCGAAAGACACCCGACUCACACUAAUGGAAGAAGUAUUGCUCCUGGGCCUCAAAGACCGAGAGGGUUACACGUCCUUCUGGAAUGACUGCAUCUCCUCGGGUCUGCGAGGCUGCAUGCUGAUCGAGCUGGCCUUGAGGGGACGACUGCAGCUAGAAGCGUGUGGAAUGAGGAGAAAGAGUCUGCUUGCAAGGAAGGUCAUCUGUAAAUCAGACGCCCCGACCGGAGACAUGUUACUGGACGAAGCCCUAAAACACAUUAAAGACACACAGCCACCAGAGACUGUACAGAGCUGGAUAGAACUGUUGAGCGGAGAGACAUGGAAUCCUCUGAAGCUGCACUACCAGCUGAGGAACGUGAGGGAACGUCUGGCCAAGAACCUGGUGGAGAAAGGGGUUCUCACCACAGAGAAACAAAACUUCCUGCUGUUCGACAUGACGACGCAUCCGCUUACAAACAACACACUCAAGCAGCGACUGGUGAAGAAGGUGCAGGAGUCGGUGUUGGAGAAGUGGGUGAACGAUCCGCAGCGCAUGGACCGGAGGGUGCUGGCCCUAAUUCUCCUGGCCCACUCCUCGGACGUGCUGGAGAACGCCUUCGCCCCGCUGCCGGACGAGCAGUUUGACCUGGGCAUGACGCGAGUGCGCGGCCUCUUGGAGCUGGAGCCCGAGACGGAAAGCGCCAAGCCCAACGCCAAUGAGUUGAUGUGGGCCGUGGUGGCGGCGUUCACAAAAUGAAAAAAAAUCGCAGGAUCUCGUGUAUAGUAAUAAUAAUAAUAACGAUCAUGAUAAUAAUGUUGAUAAUACUAUUCUAUCGGUGGGCAGAGUUCACUAACUUGAGGACCAUCGGUUGGGUUGGAUGGGCUGCUGUUUUUGUAGAAGCCGUCGGCGAUGUUAGAGACCUACUGUAGGAUCUUUCGUUUCUUUUGGUGGCGGGAAACAACCGUGAGUGUUUUUGGGGGAGGGGGGGGGGCCAGGAGGUGGCUGCUUCAGCGCUGUGGGGUCUGAGGUCUGUGUUGGAGGACAUUGGACAUAAUGAAUGAAUGAAUGAAUUCCGACACGGGUCUCUGAGCCCCACAGUAAGCUGGCGAUGACCGUAGGGGGGGGGGGGGGGGGGAUCGCAACCCACAUACACACACACACAUGAAGAUUUUACAGAGAGGAAACGCCAUAUAAUUUAUAUUUAUAUAUAAUUACCAAGUCCAUAGUCCCUUUCAUCAUCUCUCUCUACUUGUAUAUUUUGUUAUGAUAUACUUAAAUGAUGGUUAUGGGUAACCUCACUUGGGAAUUUUCACACGGAAGCCAUCCUCAACUUGAGAAUAUGAUAUAGCUAUAUAUGUGUGAUUUGAUAAGGGUGCAUCCUCUUUUUCUACAAAUUAUGGGGAGUCUUCCAUUUCUUUGUUACUUUUGCUAAAAUUGAGUCCCUAACCAUUUAUUUCCAGUCAGUAGCCACAAGGUUUGACACAUUGAGCACCUUGAACAUUGUGUUUUAUGGUCAGUUUUAGAAAAUCACAUCUAGACAAUUGUAGAUUGGGUUUUUGCCUGCAUAAUUGUCCUUGUAAUUACUGUUAAGAUGUUACUCCAGAUUCCCAUGGAAAUAAAUUCAGUAAAAUAAUAGGAAGACAUGACGUAUCCCAAAAAAAUAAUCUCAAACAAGCAUCCCAUUGAUAUCUUUGAGUAUGGAUCACAAUUACUUUGAUCACACAAGUGUAUUGAUAGUGGUUGUAAAUCAAUCAGGCUGUUUCUUUGUUUUUCUUCAGUCUGGUUUUAUGCUUUUUUGUUUUUUUCCAUAUUGGGAUGUUGGGAUAUUGGGUCUCUUUCCAUAUUGGGAUUUAUUUUUUUCAUCUUUGAUGCAGAUUCGCCCAUGUAUUGAUAAUCACCGUAGUGUGCGGUUUUUCUUGCACAUAACAAGAGGUCCAAAGAACGCCUGGUCGUUGACUAAAUAUAUAUAUAAGUAAAUAUAAGUACAAAAGAUCAUGCAUGCUUUUGGUGGACCUAUUAGGGAUCUGAUUGUGGAUGUAGCAAAAGCAGAGGGAAGACUUGUAUGAAGUAAUUGUAUGUGUACAACAAAAUGACAUUUAAUGAAGAAAUCGAUGUUCUCUCCUAUUCUGUCCUAAUUUCUAUGCUUUUCUACCACAGAGAAUAAAAUAUGGAUCCUUUAAGUGCCUGACUUUA